UCCAGUCUUAUCUCUCUCUCUCAUCACAUUUACUUUUUCAAGUCGCCUUUUGCAGUCAGUCGUCUUUCUCUAACGGCUGCAAAGUGGCCACCAUGUUGGAUCUAAUGCAAGAUGAGGUGUUCAAGGCUUUCAGUACCUACGCGCUUAUCGUCAUCCUAAAGAUGAUGCUUAUGGCACCUUUGACUACUUUUUACCGCGUUAGAAGAGGGGCUUUUGCUUCUGAGGAAGAUGUGGCCCAUAAAUCUGGAGAAGAGAGAAAGAAGCUGCUUAGAACGCACCCAGAUGUUGAACGUGUUCGUAGAUGUCACCAGAACGACUUGGAGAACGUCGUUCCCUUCGUACUCAUCGGCUUUAUCUACACCCUGAGCGGACCGCAACUCUCAGCAGCUAUACUUCACUUCCGCAUCUUUACCGGUUCUCGGAUUUUCCACACUAUCUCCUACGUCGGGGCUUUUCAUCAACCCUGCAGAGGUCUGUCCUUUCUCGUGGGCUUGGCCACCACCGUAUCAAUGGCUUACAAUGUCCUCAGUCAGUUUUCCAAUCUCUGAAGAUAGAUUCCAGUUUCCAAAUAAGAUUCAGACUUCAAAAAAAUGGAAAAGUAAACAAAUGCAUUAUCAUGUCUGUUCAACUGGUAGAACAGGUAUGAAAACGAGUUUUUAAUUUCAUUCAAAAAUGCUGCUCAGCCUUGAGAGCAUUCAAGAUCUUUGGUAUUUGGUAACUAGGGUACCAACGUUUCUGCAAAGAUUAAUCCUGUAACACAGGUUGAUAUUUUCAAUACGGUCCAACCUCGAGUCUUACGUAACGUUUUUACAAGACUUUGAUCAAAAGCAAUGAAGGGACAUUCCACAACUGGUGGAAGGCUUCCAGAUAAUCAUCUGAUCUUCGGACAAGUUUUUGUUUUACAUGCCUGUGUGAGGAACCCAAAAAAAAAAACCUACCUUGCAUUUAAUUUUUUCCUCAUGGUUUGUAUGGUCAGUGUGGAAGGAAUAUUAAAUUCAGUCACCAAAAAAACCCGAUUGAGUUUUGUAAUGCACAUUUACCACUGUUGAUCGGUAUUUACCGCUGUGUCUUAAAAGUAAAUUACACUUUAUAACUGCAGGAGGGGCCUGGGAGCUAUCGAUUGUACUUUAAUGCUACUUAUAAAGCAAAAAAGUCAGUCGGGAGAAUAUUAAGAGCAGUAGAAAAAUGUUAUUCAGGUGUGAUUUGUUGACUAGCAUGUUUUUCUUAAGUUGUUUAAAAACAAAUUGGUCAAAUUAAACAUAAUUCUGACAAA